AUGUGCGCGUUUCUGUCCUUUUUCAAACAGAAUGCAUUUCACGUGCAUCUGAGUGAUAAUCUCUACAACAACGUAGACCAGUAUUCUGCUCAGCAGUCGAUGGAUCUAUAUGCAGCAUUCCGCCUAUGGUCGGAUGAUCCUGCACUAGCUGGGCUCAAUAAACGCGCCAAUGAAUCAUAUACCAAGGAACAAUUUGACAACAUCCAACAGCAGUGUGCCCGACGAGGUGUCACCAUUAUCCCCGAAAUCGAAGCACCAGGUCAUGCGCUGGUCAUCUCCCAGUGGCGCCCUGAGCUGGCCCUGGACGAUCUCAGCAUGCUCAACAUUACUCACCCAAACACCAUUCCUACUAUAAAGUCCAUUUGGAAGACAUUCUUGCCCUGGUUCCACAGCAAAACCGUUCACAUCGGAGCAGACGAAUAUGACAAAGACCUUGUGGCCGACUAUACAUCGUUCGUUAAUACGAUGCAGGACUAUAUCUUCAAAGAAUCAGGCAAGAGCAUGAGAAUCUGGGGUACCUUCAUCCCAUCGCAGGGUGCCAAUGUGUCCACAGAUGUCUCCAUUCAGCAUUGGGAGUUCUUCGAGGAUAAUCCUUACUUCGACUACAUUCAGAAUGGCUAUAAUGUGCUCAAUUCGGAUGAUGCGUUCUACAUUGUAGGCAAGUGGUCCGGUAGCUACCCAUCCACGCUGAACAAGACCCGUGUGUUCCAUGGCAAUCCCGCCGGCGGGGCUUAUGCUCCCAACAUCUUCGACACCAAGAAUUCCACCAACAAUCCUCCUCGAAAUGACCCUCACGUCCUCGGUCACAUCGCGGCUCUGUGGAAUGAUUAUGGUCCAAACUCCACUACAGUCCUUGAGACGUAUUAUUCGUGGAGAGACACACUUCCAGCCUUGGCCGACAAACAAUGGGGCGGGAGCAUUCUAGAGGACGAAUAUGAUGCAAUAUUUGACAAGAUUCACGCCGCAAUCCCUGGACAGAACUUAGAUCGCCAAGUAAAAAGUCACACCGAUACCAUAUUACAUUAUAAAUUCGACAAAGACACCGAGACCGUCAUUGACCAUUCUGGAAACGGCUACGAUGGAAUUAUACGAGGAUGCCACGUCCAAAACUCUACGCUCGUCCUUUCCAACGGCUGCUACGUGGACACCCCACUAGGUAGCAAAGGAAGAGACUACACUCUAUCAUUCUGGGUGAACCCCGCCUCACAGACCCCGGGCACCCUCUUCACCGGACCCGACUCGACCCUUCUCAGCGGAAAUGGGUCGAUUAGCAAUGUGACUUUAAUAAGCGGUGGUAAUCCAUACUCACUAAACUACAGUCUUCCACUGGAUACGUGGACGCAAGUGAAUUUGAUUGGAAAGGGCAAUCAAACCCUGCUCAGAGUUUCUGAUUCGGGUGCAGAGUCUACCAGUAUGGAGUUUCUUGCACGCUUGGGGAUCAAUGGCGAAAGUCAGGUUUGGGCUCCCAUUGGAAUUGAAGCCCCACUGGCCCGCAUUGGGGAAGGCUUCAAUGGGAUGAUGAGGGAGGUUGUUCUACGUGGGAGUGCUGACUGA